GGACGGACGCAGCAGACCCUCCCAUCCCUCUGACCAGAUUUUUGCGGUGACCAUGACAAAAGAGAUCACCAUUUUGUUGCUUCUGCUUGUGUGCAGCACAGAUGCCAAAAUGGACAUCAUCACCAGCAAGCAGGACAUUCAAGUCGGAGAUGAGUUUUUGCUCUUGUGUAAAGCUGGGGGUGAAGGACAAAUCACAUGGCAACGGGAUGGCGAAGACAUCGACAAAGAGUUCAUUUCAAGUGUAGAUGAGUCCUCUUCGAAGCUGGUCAUCAAGAGCGCCACAUUGGAGGAUGCGGGAAGGUACACCUGCCUGUGUGACUUUGAAAACGGUCACAAGGACGAUGUGCAGACGCAGAUUUACGUUUAUGAGGGUCCGUCAUUUGAGAGCACCGCCACCUAUCAUGAGUUUUUGGAGGGUACAGAUGGGGCGGCACCUUGUCGGGUAUCGGGCCAGCCGGCGGUGGAGGUCCGCUGGUUAUACGGCCAGGAGAGCCCGUCUCAAGGACAAAAUAUACGGCAGCUGCUUGAUAACACACUCGUCUUUGAAAAAGUGAAGCGACAGGAUGCCGGGACGUACGUGUGCCAGGCCCAAAUCAGAGGAAGGCCCGUCUCCAAGCAACUUUCCGUAUCUAUUGUUGUCAAUGCUCCUCCCACUGCACAUAUGAAGGAAGAGGUGAAGAAAGUCAUGGCUGGACCAGACAGCAACGUUACCUUGCUGUGUUUGGUCGACGGGCACCCCAAGCCCAAUAUCACCUGGAGCAUGCCAGCAUUAUAUGAGUCCGGCGGGCAUCACCAGUUCAACUCUGACGGCAGCCAGCUGACCAUCAGGUCCAUCGUCAGGGACGACCACGGCGAGUACAUCUGCACGGCAAGCAACAAGAUGGGCGAAAGCAGCGCUACCGCUAUGCUUCAUGUCUUUGAGGCCCCAGAAGUGUCUUUGUCUGUCGAAGUGCAGAAUGUCAGCGUGGGCCAGAGCGUGGCAGUGGCCUGUAACGUCUCCGGACUUCCUCAGCCUGACCUGCGCUGGAUCAACAAGCACAACGGACAAGCACUGGACUCCCCUUCUGGUCGGAUCCGUGUUGAGGGCGGUGUUUUAGUGAUUGAUGAAAUAGCGCCAUCUGACGGUGGCUUGUAUUCCUGCAUGGCUGUUGGAAUCAUUGGCAAUGCGUCAAGAGACGUUGCAAUUCACACUCAGCCUGGUCCUCCGCCUUACCUGUCAGUGUCAUCUGGACCUGCGUCAGUCCUCUUCUCCCUCAAAACACUCCCCAUUAACGGGGGAACACCAAUUAGCCACUUUGUCCUGCAGUGGAGACAAAAUGCAGACGUGCAGUGGCAAGAGGUGACAGUCCCGGCUUCAGGUAAUUCAGAUGGCCUGGCUGUGACCUCCCUGAUGCCUUACACAUUAUACACGCUGCGUUUGGCUGCCGUCAAUGCGGCAGGACGGGGGCAAUUCUCAGACACAAACACUGUCCGGACCUUAGGAAUACUAGGUGAACCAGACAGCCCCGUUUUGUUAUGCGAUGAGAUGAAAGUAGGGGGCGACUCCUUCUUCAUCCCCCUCAAACACACCGAUAAUGGCGACACUCCUCUCCUGCACUACAAUCUGCGCUAUCGAGAGGAUAACGAUAGGGCCGAGUGGAAAGAGAAGCGGCUGUCGGCCGACGUGAACUCUGUCGGCCUCACAGGGCUGACCUUUGGCUCCGACUAUCAAUUGGAAAUCGUAUCGGUCAACGCUAACGGUUCCUCCGUCCCGGCAACGUUCAACUUCACCACUGCGGCCAAACCCGUGCGCAGCAGCAUGACCAAAGGCGGCGUGGCAGGCAUCGUCAUGGUGAUCUUCCUGCUGGUUUUCUUGGUGGUGGAUGCCACAUGCUGCUACACAAACCGCUGCGGCCUGCUUAUGUCCAUCUCUGUGAAACUUUUUGGAAAGAAGGUUCCGGAACUCAAAGAAGGGGACGGGGCUACGAAUGGGGAAGUGAAAAUGAAUGGGAUGUCCACUCCAAGAGGCCAAAGGCACCAUAUGGAAGUUCAGACACUUCCCUCAAAAGAAGAGGGCACACUCACAGAAGUCACCUGUGACAAAGCUUCUCUCACCAAACACGAGAAAUCUCAACCAGACCGAAAUGUGCCUGCUACAGACGCAUGAGCAGUCAUCAAUACAAUACUACUACGUAGUGUGUAAACAAGAUUUCUCCUUGGUCGGUGCU